CUUUUGCUUUAAAAAUAAAUGUAAAAGACGAAAUAAGUAGUUUCGCAUCUUUUUAAAUGUAAAUAAACGAGCAUGAACGUUUUCAGAGCAUUGGUGAUUACCAUUUGCUAUUUAAUCCAAUAUUAAAAUACCACGUAAAUGAUGAGUUCUGUUAAGAACAAAACAGUUGAAGUUGUGGUGUUUCAGAAUCCUCAGAAACGAAACAAACAAGAAUCUGUGCUUGGGAGACCCAUUGCAAAUAAAAAGAAAGAGGAUAAGUCGGAUGCUGUUUUAGCAAAAUCUAAAGUAUUCAACCAAAAGCAAGCCAAAUAUGAUAUUAGAAAGUUGGCUAUACAUGGUAUGGAUAAGCAGAACAAAGACAAAGCUAAAGUUGAUCUGUUGAUUGAAUUAGGAGCCAAGCCACCAAAGAAUCGUUGCUAUCAUAUUCAAGAAUAUCAAAUGUUGAAGAAGAAACAAGAGGAAGAAAAUAAAAAAUCUGGUUUAGAAAUAAAAACAGCAAUGAAGAAAAGUAAAUCAGACAGGAGGAAAAGACACAAAGAUGAUUUGUUUAAAACUAUUGAUGGACAAGCUGGUUUUUUUAAAGAAGGAGUACAAUUUGUGAACAAAUUAAAGAAAUAGUCCCUAUAGAUAAUGGGAAUCAUUUAAA